UGCAAAUCCAAGUCGAAAAGGGGAUUGGCUUACAGUACGGAUAAGCAUAAUCGAACGUAACAUGAUUACUCGUAUCCACCGAAAUUUCGGUUCUCUUCCUCGCUCAAUCGCUCUACCAAGUAAUUCUUACUUACCUACUGUAAUACUUAUUCCGAAUGUUCCUGGACACAAACACCGUAUUUCACAAAUACUACCUAGGUAGGUUCUGAAACUUUCAGAACAAAUUGUGUGAGGUGGGCACGGCCCACCUCGCGUGACGGGCAACCGCCCACAUUCCCUACCCCACAUGACCUCCCAACACUCGUGGCUACCUGCCUACACAGUAGGUACCUGCCACCUUCCCAAGAUAGUUCUUCUUCCUGCAUUGCAAGACAACCUACACAAUACACUCUCAGACUCAGCUAUCACGAGCCCCACACAAAUCUCUAAUCCACGUUCUCCGCAUACCUACUGCGGUCCGUCACAAAAUGUCUGACGCACCUGAAGGCAUUGUCGAAUACGCCUACGACCACAUGUCAGAAUGGUAUCUGCAGUGGGUCGAGGGCCAUAAAUCACCGCGAGAAAGAUACACCAAGAAGCUUCUCGAGGAGCUUCAACCUUCGCCUUCGAUUCUAGACCUUGGUUGUGGCCCUGGCGUUCCCGUCUUACAACUGCUUCUCGACCAAGGCGCACAAGUAGUCGCAAAUGACAUCUCGACUAAGCAAAUAGAAAUCGCCAAGGCCCGCUUCCCAGAUGCUCAGCUGCUUGCUGGCGACAUGACAGCACUCACCUUCGAGCCUGAAACCUUCGAUGGGGCAGUCAGUUUCUACACACUGUUCCACCUUCCACGGUCAAAGCUCAAGGAUAUGCUCACCAAAAUCCAUGGUUGGCUAAAGCCUAAAGGAGUCUUUGUCUUCAAUCUCGCAACCGUCGACGAGGAAGAAAUCCAUGGGGAAUUCUUGGGAUAUGGAAUGUUCUGGAGUAGCUAUGAUAUAGACGGGAAUCAAGCACUGCUGAGAGAAAUCGGAUUCGACUUACUGCAAGUCGAAGUGUUGCAGGCAGGCGAUGGACAAUUGGAGGAGGGUGAUCCAGACUUUGGGGCUGAGUUUAUGUGGGUAGUUGCGCGAAAGAAGGAUCCUCCCAUCGAGCGGGAUGCUGGGACGAUGGUGAAGCCGGGCGAAUGAGCCUUGUACAAUAGGUACGCAAUAAACAUGAGUUGGCUCAGCUUGGGCGACAGCAGCAUAAACGAGCCUUUGGCCUCCCCGAACCUACUGUGCUAGCAUCCGGCCGUUACCUCCGUUGAACCCUUUAGAAAAAAGCCUGAUUCACCGACUGAUUCGUCACAAGUCUUCUGGACACCGCGUCAACCGAGAGGUAUUCAUGCC